ACAACGCUCACAACCCUAUUUUUCACUUCAGCUGCCAAAACCCCAAGAAACAAAUUCUUACACCCUAACCCCAAAUAGCCAUGUCCGCCACCGCAGCUGCCAGGUCUUUCCUCCGUUCUACAGCCACCAGAACCUCUGCGGCUGCCAGACUAGCGUCCGCACCCAAACCUGGAUCCAAACCAGCUUCUUCGCCAUUUCGCAUCUCCAAAGAAAGCCCUCUCUCUCAUCGUAUUUUCAGGUCGCCAGUGGAGAUGAGUUGCUGUGUAGAGACAAUGCUUCCAUACCACACUGCCACUGCCUCCGCAUUGCUUAAUUCAAUGCUCUCCGUCUCUCGCCGCUAUGGUUGGACCCCUGAAGGUGUUUAGGGAAGUGAGGGCAACUUUGAAGGCUUAGAAAUGUGAUUGGUUUGAAUAAGAUCAGGAAGGGCCUUCUGUACUGAAAUCGUUGUGAUGUGAAUCUUGUCUUAUUUAUGCGUUAAGAUUUUUUGGGUUUUUAAUAAUCUGGCCUCUUUCUCUUUGCUUCUCUCCCUUGCAAAAUGAAAGAAUGUUUGUUCUUCUAUCCUUUUGUAGGGCAGGGCAAGCCUAGAUGAGGAUCAAGCCAUGAAAGAUGGGAAUCAUUUGAGUUUCUUUUGUUGUCAACUUUUGAAAGUAUUGGAGAAUGCUAGUCUUGUGUAAGAUUAGGGUGGUUUUUUUCUAGAGAUGGGGUCAAAAGUUGAGAGAUUGACCAGUUUCAUCUAAUGUCAUGGAGUUGUGGAAUUCAUUUAUUCCUCAACCACUGAAGUUGAUUUUUCAUCUGUGUAAUGAGUUUGCUAGAUUCAUGUUAUAAGAAGUACUCUCAAAUGACAACUGAUCACCUUUAAUGGUUCCAUAAUGAAUUAAGCAAUUUUCAUUUGAGGCA